CUGCUUGUCUGGUGAUUUGAGUUCUUGAAAUUGGUUGAGGGUUGUGGUUUGUGACAUUGGUGGUUUUGUUGCCUAUCCAUGGUUUUGUGGGUACCCACCAAAACCACAAAACCGGUUUUGCUGUAAACUAGUGGUUUUUGGUGGGAGCCAUGUUUUAAAAACUGGUUAGGUUUAGAUCUCCAUGAAUUGGGUAUUUUUUUUUUCCAAAUACCUUGUUAGCGUUUGAUCUGGAAGAAUUGGGUUCUUGGCUUAGAAAAAGAAAAGGUAAAAACUUUUUUGGGAUCUUUUUAUUUUUUAAAAAAAUCUCAUCAAUUUUUCUGGCUUUAUGUAUAUUCAAGUUGAAGGAAUAACUGUACUGUUCAAGAAUAUAUAAACUCUACAAUAUAGUGUUUCAGAUAUCGAGUCACCAUGUCAAGCAGUCUUACCAUCAAAGAUAACUUCAGUCAUCUUUGAACUCUGGUUCAGAUGCAAUGUCGAUAGACUAUCUGUAGCUUCCAGAUAGUUCUAUGUGUCGAUGGGGGCAGAAUGCAUAAUUAAAGCAGCCCAUCAGAGAUAGUUUAGCUCCACCAGUUUUUGUUUUGCUGACGUCAUUUCCUUGGAGGAGGAUCCACGAUAAUUUUAAAAUGAGUUGCAUGGCUCCUAUGUAUUCUUCGGAUUUGCACCAGACGAAGAUGGAUGGUGAGUGCUGCAUUGGUGAUGGUGUGAAGCUUGCGAAAUCCCUUAGGCGUAGACCAGGGAUAAAUUACAACCAGUCUGAUAAUAGCUCUGAGGAAUCAGACAUAGAACGGUUUGAUCAAGAUACCUCUUCAAUACCUUGCCUACCAAAAGGGGUUAUUCGUGGAUGCUUAGAAUGUGUCAACUGCCAAAAGGUCACAGCAAGGUGGCAUCCAGAAGACGCUUGCAGGCCUGACAUUGACAAUGCUCCUGUGUUUUACCCAAAUGAAGAGGAGUUUAAAGAUGCUCUCAAGUACAUUGCAAGUAUUCGCCCGAGGGCAGAGCCAUAUGGAAUUUGCCGCAUUGUUCCUCCAAAUUCCUGGAAUCCACCAUGCCCUCUCAAGGAAAAGACCACAUGGGAAAAUUCCAAGUUUGCUACUCGUAUCCAACAAGUUGAAAAGCUUCAAAAUCGGGUUUCGAUGAGAAAGAAGGCUAGAUGCUGUAACAAUAUGAAGAAGAGCAAGCGCUUGAGAACGGAAGUUGAGUGUGGUGCUGCUAAUGGAGAUGCUGUGAAAACUAAUGAACUUGGAUGCUAUAAUGACACCGAGAAGCUGUUUGGGUUUGAACCUGGUUUGGAGUUCACUCUGGAAGCAUUUCAGAAGUACGCUGAUGAUUUCAAGGAGCAAUAUUUUGGCAUGAAGGAUGCCAAUGUGGGGCCAAGAUCUAAUCAGGACGAGCAUCAGAAGCAGCCAGAACCAUCAGUAGAGAAUAUUGAAGGUGAAUAUUGGCGGAUAGUUGAGAAGCCGACCGAAGAGAUUGAGGUGCUUUAUGGGGCUGAUAUUGAAACUGGAGAUUUUGGUAGUGGGUUUCCAAAAGCUUCCCCUGUGGUGAUGGAUUCUGGUCCGGCGGACCAAUAUGUGAAGUCGGGUUGGAACUUGAAUAAUAUCUCCAGGCUCCCAGGCUCUAUGCUCUCUUUUGAAAGUGAGGACAUUUCUGGUGUUGUAAUGCCGUGGUUGUAUGUGGGGAUGUGCUUUUCUUCAUUCUGUUGGCAUGUCGAGGAUCACCACUUCUAUUCUCUGAAUUACUUGCAUUGGGGGGCUCCAAAAAUAUGGUAUGGGGUCUCAGGAAAAGAUGCUUGGAGGCUGGAAGCGGUUAUGAAAAAGCACCUACCAGAUUUGUUUGAAGAACAGCCUGACUUGCUUCAUAAGCUUGUCACGCAAUUGUCGCCUUCUAUAUUGAAGUCUGAGGGAGUACCAGUUUAUCGGUGUGUUCAAAACCGUGGGGAGUUUGUACUCACCUUUCCCCGGUCGUAUCAUUCAGGAUUCAAUUGUGGCUUUAAUUGUGCUGAGGCUGUCAACCUAGCUCCUGUCGACUGGUUACCUCAUGGACAAAAUGCCAUAGAGCGGUACCGUGAGCAGGGGCGUAAAACAACUGUAUCCCACGACAAGUUGUUGCUAGGGGCAGCAAGGGAAGCGGUAAGGGCACACUGGGAACUUCAAUUACUGAAGAAGAACACCUCAGAGAACUUGCGAUGGAAAGAUGUCUGCGGAACGGAUGGGAUUUUAGCAAAGGCACUCAAGACACGUGUUGACAUGGAGCGUGUACGAAGGUCACACCAUUCCAGCCCUUCACAGUCGCGGAAAAUGGAUGUUAACUUUGAUGCAACCACUGAACGGGAAUGCGCCAUAUGUCUGUAUGAUUUGCACCUCUCAGCAGUGGGUUGUCGAUGUUCUCCCGACAGGUACGCAUGCUUGAGCCAUGCAAAGCAGAUGUGUUCAUGUCCUUGGGGUUUUCGGUUUUUCCUCUUCCGUUAUGAGAUCGACGAGCUGAAUAUCUUGGUCGAAGCUUUGGGAGGAAAAUUAAGUGCAAUAUACAGAUGGGCACAAUUUGAUCUUGGACUGGCUUUGAGUUCCUAUGUCGCCAAAGAUAAAUCGAAAGAACCCCAGCUUGUCUGUAGACUGUCCAUGGUAGUUACAAAACAAAAUAACAAGGUAUCGCUAGAUGCAAUCACUUCAACAGCUGCUGCUGAGAAUCGCACAUCCAUUUCAGAACUGAUCACUCUUGAAGAACCAAAAGGGAGAGAACAUAGAACACUUAAUGCGGUUGAUUCAAGUGCUACUAUAACAGGUCCUGUUCAACCACACGGAGGAAUAAAUCCAUCACCGUCUGUGUCUGCUUCUAAUAAUGUGCCUACAGUAUAUAAGAAAGAGAUGCUAGAUCUAAAUGGGCCAUGUGUACAGCACAUGUCUUUACCUAAGAUAGAAGCAGAAGAUCACAGCAUUCAGUUUGGCGCAGCGCGCUUGGUUUCUAAUUCCAAUUCAUUGAGCUUUCCAGUUUGUCAGACUUCUCGAGGAGAUGUGCCAUUCUCCGAACAGAACUCGAAGGUGCCUUCUAUCUGUGAUCCCAAGGGUAAGCAAUCAAGCAACUCGAAUACGGUGCAACCCAAAAUGAAUGGAUUUUCACCAUCACGAGAUGGUGAUAUUGUAUUUAUUGGUGAUGGAGGUGAAGACUUGGGUGCUUCGAUAUCCUUUGUGACGAGUUCUGAAGUUCCCUCAAGGCUCACAAAUUGUGAUGAUAAGGUGGCUCCCUGCAAUUAUAAAAAGGAUAAGGUGUUGAAUACGCCUGACACUAAUGCGUCGGUAAUGAGUGAAAGGGAUGUUAAGUUGCUACCAGUUAUGGAGAAAGAAGAUUGUCUCUCAUAUUCAGCGGGUGCAAAUGUUGGAGACCAUGUUAAAGAUGAUGCACGCAUGGAGUAUAACUUCAUGAUGCCAAACAACACAUUGGCGAGAUCCUUUCCUGAAAACCUUUCUUGCGAUAUAAAUUCUAUUGGGACACCUUCAGAAAAAUACGUUCAGGGUUUUUGGUCUACGAGAAAACCGUGCGACAGUAAUACUGCAAAUGUCACGAGUCAUCCUCAGCAUCCCAAGCUGUUUGGCGCUGAAAAACCAAAUAAUGAGGGUGAAGAUGAAAAGUUAGUAUUGGAUUCCAGUUCAAAGCUUAGUGACAGAGCACAAUCUGGUAUGGAAAACCCACCUUGCGCACCGAAUAAUCUGGAUCGAUAUUAUCGCCAGAAGGGUCCUCGCAUGGCGAAGGUGGUGCGGAGAAUCAACUGCACUGUCGAGCCUCUAGAAUAUGGAGUCGUGGUUCCUGGAAAGUCGUGGUCUAACGGCAAGUCCAUAUUCCCGAAGGGAUUUAGAAGUCGAGUUAGGUACUACAGUGUUGUAGAUCCGGCAACGAUGUGUUACUACAUCUCUGAAAUCCUGGACGCAGGACUGCCUGGCCCAAUAUUCAUGGUUAGGGUAGAUCAAUGCCCAGGUGAAGUAUUCAUGCACAUCUCUAUAGCCAAAUGCUGGGAUAUGGUGAGAGAGAGGGUGAAUCAUGAAAUAAGGAAGCAACUUAACUUGGGGAGAAUAAGCCUCCCCCCUUUGCAGGCCCCAGGCUGCAUUGAUGGCCUUGAAAUGUUCGGAUUUUCUUCGCCAGCGAUCAUUCAGGCCAUUGAGGCUAUUGAUCAGAACCGCGUCUGUUCAGACUACUGGAAAUCCAGGCCCAAGACAGAGGCCCCACACCAUUUUCCCCCUGGAAAUUUUGCUGGGGAGAACAACUGCAGGAAUGAGGACGAACCAAAUGAUGAAGAGGCUAAUAAUGCAGAAGAGAACCAAUUGGCAACUAGGGUCAAAACCGUGGUCCUUAGAGGCCUAUUCAAGAAGGCGAGGCCUGAAGAGUUGCACUCAUUGCAUGACAUGGUUAGCACUAAUCGAGAAGUGUUGAUACAUCAUUUGGAAGAAGAGAUUCAGAAUCGCCAGAAAUAAAAAUAAAUAAAUAAAUCCAGUCAUAAGAGGCGUUUCUUGGACAGAUUUUUAGCCGUUGACUAUUUAUAAUUGCCUCAUCGACAUGGUCGCCUUGAUUUCUCUCUCAUGCUCUUUCCCAUUCUCCAAAGAAUUUUUGUAGCUGUUCAAGUUACAUGCUGGAAUAUCCAAUUGGAUCUUCCUUUUGAUGAUUUUUUUAUUUUUAUUUUUAUUAUCUCCCAGAUAAUUUCUUUGUAAAAUGAUGUGAACCAUGCAAUUUGAGAAUCAAAGGAAACAGAAAUAUAUCCAUUGCUCCCA